AUGGCUCUACAACCAAGCCAUAACUCUUAUAAACGUACUACCUCCUGCAGAGAUCACUUCUGGGUCCUCAUUUGGCUAGCCUGCGUAUUUCUGGAGAAUGUACAAUGUACAUUUGAUCGAGACUCUGCCCACACAUGGCCUACGUGGGCUAGAAAAAUGCAAGAAGCGGAUCCCCUGCACAAUAAUGCUGAUUUGGGUUAUCUUCACGACGUUGUCAAGUUCGCUGAUGCAACGUCGGAAUCUCAGCCCAUCCUCUGCGGCAUCAAUACGUAUCCACCGCCUGUUCAACAAGAGCGGCAAAACAGCCUAUACAACCUCAAAACCCCCGUGAGAAAAAGGAAAAGCUCAGGUGAUGAUACUGAACUUCCUUUCGCAUUCGUCAAUUAUGAGCGACCAGCGCAAAUCGAAACAGAAGUGAUAUUUGAAGCAAUCCGAAGUUUGGAACAACCCAACGGAGACAGAUUCAUCAAUAUUAGUAACGAACGGGAAGACGAAUACAGGGUGCUCAAGAUAGAGGAGGGUCAAAUCUACAAUUUCCUAGAUCGAGCGGAACGCGCCAGUGACACGAUAAAAUUGCGCUCCCUCUACUCUGAUCUUGUCAUCCCGGAUUUCGCAAACUCCAUGGAGCAGGUUAGAGCAAGAAUUAGGAGGAGCUACUGUCAAUCACGUGCAGAAUACCUGCUGGAAGACUUGGAACGCAUCCUGAAAGUACUACCUCUCUACUUGUUCUAUGUAGAUUUGAUCAACACAGUCAUUCCAGUUCGAGGUGUGAGGACUAAAGGAGUGACUACGUUGAAGUUGCAAAGACAAGAAGCUGGGCAACACUUUUUCCAGCACGUAUCAGAGCUUCUUGAACAGUAUGACGCGGCAAAAAAUGGAUUUCUUGCAAACAGCGGUUUUGCCGAAGUGGCUUUAGGUACGACUUCCAAUCAGUCUCCCUUUUGUUGGACCAUCUUAACCAGGUGGAUUAAAUCCUCAAGAGCUUCAUUAGCCUCUCAGAAUAUCCUGAAUAAAAAUGGAAAAAUAAGCUCCACUUUCAAGCAAUUCUUCAAUGAAAUCUUCACUUGUUAUAUAGAAAAGUUAUAUGGCAAGUCUGAAGAUCUCUUUGAUCAUGAAUAUGUAACCUAA